GUUUUUUUUUUCGAACCUGUGUGUGUGUCAGAUACGUUCUACAAAAGGGAAGGCAAGCACGCAGAAAAAACACGGAACUACACGGUCGAAAAACGACCUUCUUUCUCCGUUUGUUGUAGAUUUCUUUAUUGUUUUUUUGUGCGUGUGCAUUUUAUUUCCCCAAUCCAAUUGUACAAGCUGUGAUUAGCGGUGCAGGUUCGCCGCCGCACCCUGCCGUGAAGAAAAACGCAGCAAAGCUCGCACAAACAGCAACAACAACGACAACAGCCCAUCAUCAUGGAUCCGGAUCGCAUUCUGGCAACGUUCAAGAUAUUAAUAAUCGGCGAAAGCGGAGUUGGAAAAUCUAGUCUUAUGCUACGCUUCACAGAGAACGACUUCGACAGUGAUCAGGCGCUCACGAUCGGGGUCGACUUCAAGACGAAGAUGCUCGACCUGGACGGGGUGAAGGUGAAGCUGGCGAUCUGGGACACGGCCGGCCAGGAGCGGUUUCGCACCCUGACGCCCAGCUACUACCGGGACGCGCAGGGAGCCAUCCUCGUGUACGACGUCACCAAGCCGGACACGUUCCAGAAGCUCGAGUCGUGGCUGAACGAGCUGGAAAUUUACGGCACGCGCAACAACAUGGCCAAGAUGGUGGUGGGCAACAAGAUCGACCACCCGAACCGGGCCAUCGGGCGGGAGGAGGGCUUCCGGUUCGCGAAGAAGCACCGCAUGAUGUUCAUCGAAACGUCCGCGAAGACGAGCGAGGGCGUGAAGGACGCAUUCGAGGAGGUGGUGCGCAAGAUUAUGGAAACGGACGGACUGUGGGAACGGAACGACUACGGCGAUGGUGGGGUCGAUCUGCACGGCAAUCGGGCGGCGGGAGCGGCCGGUUCGUGUUCCUGUUAGCUUCCCGCUAUCGCUGCCAUGCUUACGUGCAAACCCCUUCCCCCCCGUUUUCCUAUGCUCGUCACCGCAUCAUCAUGAUAUUCAAUGCAACAUUAACUGGUACCAUUUAAACAGUUAAGAGGGUCAUCGUUUGAUUUUAAGUUCAACGUGUUUUUAAUUUUGUUCCGUGUUGAUAGGUAAAAUAUUUUUAGCACAUAUUUAAUCACCCAGCCUCCCCUCUCCACACAGCGCGUGUGUCUGUAUAGAGGGGGUAGCGGAUAAGGAUGUAAAACACUAGGUGGAAAUAAAAACAAAAAGAAAAAAAGCGUUAAGAUCACCUAAAA